AUGUCAGCUCAUUCAGCAGUCCGGAAUUGGCCUAACAUCUAUCCGGGUGCAUAUUUAAGUUAAGAUAUCUCUUAUUUUAUGCCCCAUAUCCGCUUUUGUUACAGGCUGGUCUAAAAGGCCCAACGUGUGUUAAUAUCGUCGUAAGCAGCUGACAGGCGCGGCUGAACUUAGCAUAGUGUGCGUAUAUACAGACAUUCAAGAAGCGAGCAGAACUGUAUCACGGGUGAAAAUAUCCUUAUUUAUAGAGCGAUUUUAAGUCAAGAUUUGCAGCACUACUACAUGACUGAGGCAUGACGACUGGGUCCAUGCUAUUGUUACUUUUACUUCAGAUUUUUCUAAUCAACCACGGCUUUGGGCAGCAGUGGCAGCGAUUUGAUGGCAGGUUCAACAAUCUAGGAAAUGUGCACUGGGGAAGGGCGGGCUGUCGCCUCUUCAGCAAUAUCUCCACAUGUUACUUGGACUUCACCUAUAAGGCACCUGGUAUUAGACGACCAAAUCCUCGUGACAUCAGUAACAACGUGUUUCGGGGAAAUGGAGGCACCAAGUCUGUCAAUGGAAGAACAGCAUUAUUUGCCUUCUUUGGUCAGGUUGUGUCGUAUGAGAUCCUGCAUACCGAUGACUCUACCUGCCCAGUGGAGGUACUGAGCGUGCCUGUGCCCACUGGAGACCCACACUUUGACCCUGAUGGAACCGGAACCAAAUUCAUGCCAUAUGAGCGGAAGCUCUAUGACACAACAACGGGGCAGUCGCCAAACAAUCCUCGAAAACAGGUAAACAAAGCUACCAGCUACAUAGAUGGAAGUUUUAUAUACGGUUAUAGUGAAGUGUGGGCUAAUGCUUUGCGAGAUCAUGAGACUGGCAAGCUUGCGAAGAGUGACACUUUUGGGCGAUUUCCACAGCUGAACACCAUGCGCUUGCCUUUUGACAGUGUGCCUAACGCAACAGGUGCCUAUGUUGACCCAGAGAGCCUGUGGACUUUGGGAGAUCCCCAUGUCCAAGAGAAUCCAGCACUCCUGUCCUUGGCUGUGCUUUUUUAUCGCUGGCAUAAUAAGUUGGUUGAUGAUUUCAAAGAAAAGGACCCAAGUCUGACGCCCCAUGAACUUUUCUAUACUGCCAGGAAAUGGGUUGUGGCUACAUACCAGAAAAUUGUGAUGUACGACUGGCUACCCAAACUGUUGAACCUGAAUGAAUCAGAAAUGGAGCAGUUCAUCCCACCAUACCACCUAAAAGGUUACCAGCGCUCAGUUGAUCCCCGUGCCACAGCUGUAUUUGACGCUGCUGCUAUGAAGUAUAUCUUGACCUUGAUUCCCUCAGAGAUUGUACUCAGAGAUUUGAUGAAGGAUAACUGUGUGAAGAAAUCUUCAGUGAGAUUGUGUAACACAUACUGGGAUUCACAGAAAGUGCUUACUGCAGAUGUAAAUGGAGUUGAGGAGAUUCUGUUUGGGUUGGCAUCACAACCAGCAGAAAAAGAGGACACAGAAGUGGUUCCAGAUAUCAGGGAAAGUUUUUAUGGGCCCUUGCAUUACUCUCGACAUGAUGCUGUUGUUCUAACCAUCAUGAAAGGUAGAGACUAUGGAUUAGAAACCUAUAACAAGGUUAGAAAAGAAAUCGGAUUAGGGAAGAAAUCCACAUGGGAAGAAAUAAACAAUGAAACUCUGAAUCAUCAGCCAUGUCUCAAGAGUUAUUAUCUUAUCAAGAUGUUAGACUUCCUUCACGAAACCUUCAACGGGACACAGUACCUGGACGAGAUGGAUGUAUUUGUGGGUGGGAUGUUAGAGACGACAGACAAAGGCCCUGGAGAAUUAUUUAGGACUAUAUUGCUCGACCAGUUCCUGAGGCUCAGGGACGGAGACCGCUUCUGGUUUGAGAACAAGGAAAACGGGCAGUUCACUAAAGAUGAGAUAGAUAUUAUUAAACAUACAACUCUAGGGGAAAUAAUCAACAAUGUGACAGGUCAACUGAGACAUGGUAAACUCCAGCCGGAUGUCUUCACUCUAGGCACAGGGGAGUUCUGUCACUUUGAGCCGGUGAAUGCCUCCAGCCUACCUGAGUGUCCUCCACAUACAGGCUAUGACUAUUUUUCAGGCAGUGAGAUAUCAUUCAUCGUCAUCUGGACAUGCGUUGGAAUACUGCCUUUCUUGUGUGGUCUCUUGGCGUACGUUUUGUACCAUAUCAAGCACCACAGAGAUGCUGAGAGUCUGAAGCAAAAACGCAACGAGCGCCUGAGGAGGCUCGUUAGAGUCACAUCUGGCUGGAUAACAGCUAUUGAGUGGCGUGGUGAGAAAGAGAGUCCCCGCAAUGUAGAGCUUCAGUUCCAUGACCGAAAUUGCCAACUGUGGAUGAGCUCCCACCAUGGCUCCCACAUACGCACCAUCAGCUUUCAUAACAUGGCUCACGUUGAGCUCUGGCUCAGCAGCACCAAGGGGCAAACAACUUUACUCAUCUAUGUUCCACGGGAAUAUGAUUUGGUCCUGGAAUUCCCCACAGUCCAUGAAAGAUCUUUGUUUGUGUCUAGCAUUGAGCAACUGCUGACAAAUUGUGAGAAGGAGAUUGUCCAGAAAUCAAUGAAGUUAAAAGAGAUUUAUCAGCGUGCCACUACAAAGGUUAAGCGUAACCAGAAACUGGAAAUGUUCUUCAAACAAGUUUUCUCAGAAGCUUUAGAUAUGGAUUAUGUUCCUGUAAGGGACUCAGACAACAUGGAAACACUGGACUUUGAGCUUACAAAGGAAGAGUUUGCUGAGGCAUUGGGAGUGAAGUCAGACUCUGACUUUGUCAUGCAGAUGUUCAACAUGGUGGAUAACAAUGCUGAUGGCUACAUCUCCUUCAAAGAGUUCCUAGCCACUGUCGUACUCUUCUCAAAAGGUUCGUCCGAGGACAAACUUCACAUGCUGUUUAAGAUGUGCAGUAGUCACGAAGAGGGUGGAACGGUCACCAUGCAGGAGCUGACCACACUCUUCAAGUCUUUGCUGGAAAUGGCAAACAGUGAUGUUGAUGUGGCGAGUGUAGAGAAGAUUGUCACGGACAUGUGUACAGUGUGUGGAGUACAGAACAACGCCCGGAUAGGCUUUCCCGAGUUUUGUCAGAUCUUUUCACCCCAGAUGGACCACCUCAACAACAUCAACCUAGACUGGAAAGGAGCAAAGAAAUGCUUGUCACCAGCCAAUGGAAAGAAGACUGACAAGAAAAGUCACCAGCAGAAGAGAAAGGGCUCGACAGCAUCCCUGGACAUUGACUCCAGGAAGGGGUCUACUAUGUCUCUGGACAGAGUCUCUCACAAAGGUUCCACGUCAUCCCUCAAUGAGAUCAUCCAUCCUCGUCUUCAGCUGGCUCUCAGAGAGAAGUACUCCCCCGUCAAGGCCAAGGUCAAAUCCCUCAAACACUUCAUAGAGAACAACAAACAGCAUAUCUUCUUCCUGAUCAUCUUCUUUGGAAUCUGCCUGGGAGUGGCAGGAGAGAGGUUUUAUUACUACACAAUUGAGCGGGAGCACAGUGGUCUGCGUCAGAUCACAGGGUUAGGACUGAGUGUUACACGUGCGGCAGCAGCUGGCAUGUCCUUCACCUUCUCACUGAUCCUGUUAACCAUGUGCCGUAACACCAUCACCUGGCUAAGAGGCACCUUCCUCAACUUUUACAUACCCUUUGAUUCACAUGUUGCAUUCCACAAGGUCAUCGCAUGGACAGCUUUGUUCUUCACAGCUAUGCAUGUGAUUGGAUACGGGUUCAACUUUUACCAUGUGGCCACUCAGCCUACCAAGUUCUUGUGUGUGUUUGAAACCAUUGUGUUCAGAUCUGAAUUCCAACCAGCUUUCCAUUGGUGGUUAUUCGGAAAUAUGACAGGUUUUACUGGGGUCCUGUUGACUGUGGUCAUUUGUAUCAUCUACGUGUUCGCCACUCAAACUGCCCGCAGAUAUAUAUUUGGUGCCUUUUGGCUGACCCACAAGCUGAUCUUGCCUUUGUACAUCAUGGCUAUAUUACACGGCGCCUCUGUCAUCGUACAGAAGCCUCUGUUUUUUGCCUACUUUGUCAUUCCUGCCAUCCUACUGACUGUGGAUAAACUUGUUAGCCUCAGUCGUAAGAAGUCUCCCAUUAGUGUAGUCAGAGCUGAACAUCUGCCAUCAGAUGUGACAAUGAUAGAGUUUAAACGUCCCCCACGGUUUGAGUACAAGUCUGGUCAGUGGGUGAGGGUUGCCUGCCUGGGCCAGUCCCCCAGCGAGUACCACCCCUUCACCCUGACCUCUGCCCCACAUGAGGACACUCUCUCUGUCCACGUUAGGGCACUGGGGCCAUGGACCUGGAACAUCAGAAGUUUGUUUGACCCAGAGAACCUCAAAGACAGAGCCUACCCGAAGCUUUAUGUAGAUGGCCCUUACGGAGCUGGCCAGCAGGAUUGGUACACCUAUGACGUUUCCAUCCUGGUGGGGGCAGGGAUUGGAGUCACCCCGUACGCCUCCAUCUUAAAGGACUUUGUCCAUAUGUCCCAGAUCAAGAGCACUUACAAAAUCAGAUGUCAGAAGCUGUACUUCGUAUGGGUGACGGGAAGUCAGCGCCAUUACGAAUGGCUGAUUGACAUCCUCAGACAAGUCGAAGACGUGGACCUCAGUGGCAUUGUCACCAUCGAUAUCUUCAUCACCCAGUUUUUCCAGAAGUUUGAUUUACGAACAGCUCUGCUGUACAUCUGUGAGGAGCAUUUUCAGAAGUUAUCAGGUGGCAGGAGUGUGUUCACGGGACUGAAGGCUAAUACCCACUUUGGUCGACCUCAGCUGUCUAAGAUGAUGGAGGCUGUGAACAAGUCUCAUCCACAGGUGCGUAAGGUAGGCGUAUUCAGCUGUGGACCGCCUGGACUGACCAAAGGUGUGGAGAAAGCCUGCAUGGAGUCAAGUAGAACAACCAAAGCACUCUUCGAACAUCAUUUUGAAAAUUUCUAAAUAUGAAAAAGAUUUUACAAGGUUUCAGUGCAAUGCACAUGGUCAUGUACCUGUGUAAUCUUUGUUUGGUUGCUGUGUGUGUUAAACAUAUUUAAUUUGUGGAUAAAUUGAAGACAAACGACUGUAGUAAUGGCAUGCAUGAGAGGGAAGGGAGUGUUAAUGUAAAUUCCAGUCUUGCUGUUUAGCCUUAGACCGUGUCUCACAACAUGGCAGUAAAGAGCGUGCUGGUAAUCAUAACGAUGCUUACCAUGUUGACCUAUAAUAGGGCAGGAAAUUACGAAAAUCCACCGAGUUCAUGGUUAAGGUAGGUGCUGCAGGUAGCGUGAACAUGUGAUAAUAUUCCACUGAAUUCAUCUAAUGUAAAGUAUGUAUGAUAAUAUUUUCCUAUGCUCAAUUGUUUCAUGUACAGUUUUUAGACCUGUGUGUGUAUGAAAUACACAUUAAUCCCAUUGACAAGCUACAUUAAAAUACAUUAACAAAUGGUGUAAUUCUGGUCAAAUAUACGUUAUUGUUUUCUUUAACAUCCUGUAUAUUAUGUUAACUGGGGCAGAUUGUAAAAGGCAAAUGAAGCCGUGCACAUGUGUGCUGUCAAGUUUCCUCAGUGAUGUUUGCGUCUGUGUAUAUGUUGUUUUAUCUGUUCAUUUUAUGUGUCAUAUUUUAUGGGUGCUUCUGACGAAGUCAGGUUGUUGACUUUCACUUUCGUUUUAUAUCCCUUCUGACUGCAGUUUGGAUAAUCUGUACAAUUAAGGUACAAGUAUUCAGGUUACUAUCAUUAACCGGUGCUUAUAGUGUAACGACAGGACUAUCAGCGUUACCUCGGGCUACUCUCCAACUAAA